AUGGCUGCUUCGGCAAGCUCUAGGGACACGCCUCCACCGCGCAAAAGGCAAAGAACGACUUCAAUUCGUAAAACUCAAGCCGAACUUCGACUAUUUGUCCCUUUUCGUGCUCUUGGUCUAAUCACAGACAAUGUCCCCUUCGUUCUCCAAACCCGAUCGCACAAAGGUGCAACCGACGGGCCGCGAAUACACAUACUCACCUGCCUUGGGAGGUCUUGGGCGCUGUGGGAAGGUGGUAAAAUGACCUUGUUGUUCGUUGGUCCCGAUGCUCCGGACAAAAUCUCGUGUCUCGCUAUGGAUGGCGACGCCGUUUGGAUUGCAUCUGGUCCACAUGCUAUAAAAUAUCUUCGGGGUAAAGAGGUUCUACGCGGAACAAACCCUCUGGGAAGCCCACUUUCCUUCAUAACGAUAUUUGGGUUGCACCUUCUUGCGCUCACAGAAGAUGGUCGCAGGUUGAUGCUAUGGGAAACUUCUACCGGAGAAUUGGACUCAACAAUCGAAUUCGAAACUGAGUUUACUGCCACUCAAAUACUUCAUCCUGCUACAUAUCUGAACAAAGUCCUUGUUUCGAGCUCGCAAGGCGCGAUUCAACUUUGGAAUAUCAAAACUCAAACAUGCAUCCACAAGUUUCCACUCGCCAGAUUAGUUUCUUCGCCCAAUGCACCACACACUGCCAUCACGGCUCUCACUCAAUCUCCCGCGAUUGACGUUGUCGGAAUUGGUUUUACUUCUGGAGAAAUAUCCGUCUACGAUGUACGCGCAGACGAGCGUUUGAUGCGAAUGACCAUGGAGGGCGGGAGCGUCCGAGCCCUAGGCUUCCGAACAGAUGGGCCACCCAUACUGGCCUCCGCUUCGUCUACAGGCCACAUAGCGCUCUGGGAUCUGAAUGAGGGUGGACGGCUUCUCCAUAUGGUACGCGGAGCACAUGAUGGGGCUAUUACUGCUCUUGAAUGGAUCCCGGGGCAACCGGUCCUCGUCACCUCCGGAGAGGACAACAGCGUAAAACAAUGGAUAUUCGACUCUCCAACUUCAGCUCCGCGACUGCUCAAAUUUCGAAGUGGACAUCAUGCCCCUCCGCAUCUUAUUCGAUACUAUGGAGAUGACGGUAAACAAUUAUUGAGCGCCUCUCGGGAUCGCAGUCUUCGAUGUACCUCCGUGGUUCGGGACUCGCGUUCAUUCGAACUUUCGCAAGGUUCCUUGGCCAAGAAGGCUACCUCUCUCUCCAUUCCUCUAGCUUCCCUCAAAUUUCCUCCCAUCACCUCAAUAUCAUACUCCGCUGCCAGGGCUAAAGAUUGGGAUGAUAUCAUUACAGGACAUGCUGACGAGAGCUUCGCCAGGACUUGGACGAUGCUCAACAAGAAACUAGGCAAGCACAGUCUUGGUUUUGCAGACACCAAGGGCAAAUCUAAAGAACGGGCGCUCCUCGGCUCAGUUAAAUCCGUUUGCGUCACUGCAUGCGGAAAUUUUGGAUUGGCCAGCUCUUCGACUGGGGUUAUUCACCUCUGGAAUUUACAAUCUGGAAUUCUGCGUAAAGCAUUUGAUAUAGGACCAUGUCCUAGCGAUAUUGCUAGCCGCCUUCAACAAGGCAAACGAAAGGAAGGACGUAGUGUGACUGGUCUAGCGACUGACCCUCUGAACACAACCGUCAUCGCAAGUACACUGGACGGUACAAUCAACUUCUUCGAUUUCCACACCACCAAACUUGAGCACACCCUCACAUUACCAUCAACGGCCGUUUCAAUUCUUUUACAUCGCGAUAGCGGCCUUUUAGCGGUCAUUUGCGACGACAUGGUCGUGCGUGUUGUCGAUAUUGAAACACGGCGAGUCGUUCGUGAGCUUGGUGGCUUUCGAGGUCGCAUUCUGGACAUGACUUUCUCUGCUGACUCGCGAUGGCUGGUAGCUACGUCUUUGGAUUCGGUCAUACGAACCUUUGACGUGCCUACUGGUCGCUUGAUCGACGCUUUCCGCACAUCCAGCGUUGCCACGAGCCUCUCGUUUUCCCCAACGAAUGACUUCCUGGCCACAACUCAUGUUGAUAGCGUCGCAGUCUAUCUUUGGGCCAAUCGCGCUCAGUAUGCCGAGGUUUCUUUCCGUAGCGUGUCGGACGAUGAUGUUCUGGACGCAAAACUCCCUUCGGUUCAAGGAACUGCCGAAGAUGAAGCUUUGGAUGCCCUGUCGGCACUAACGAUGCAAGAGACAGCAGAUGACCCGUUUUCCACUCCUCCACAACUUGAUGGCGAUCUUGUAACAUUAACAUUACUGCCCCGUUCGAGAUGGCAAACUCUGUUAAAUCUCGAAGUCAUCCAACAACGAAACAAACCCAAAGAGCCACCGAAAGCCCCGGAGAAGGCGCCAUUCUUCCUCCCAACAGUUCAGGGUGUAGAACCUCGCUUUGUUGUCUCAGAAAAAACCGCACAAUCUAAAAAGGACACGAAGCGGUUGAACAAAGUGGCAGCCGGAGUUCAGAGUGUUUUCUUCGAGAAACUCGCCGAUAAUGAGGGGUCUGAAGAUUACGAAGAUUUCUUUGGUUUCCUCAAGACCCUGUCACCAGCGGCCAUAGACCUGGAAAUUCGUUCUUUGGUCACGUUGGAUUCGCUUACACGAUUCGUCGUAGCUCUCACCUACCGGUUGAGAUCAAGAAAGGACUUCGAAGCUGUUCAAGCUUUUCAAAAUGUGUUUCUGCGGAUCCAUUCAGACGUGAUAAUCGAGAAUCCUGAACUGGAGGUAGCUUUACAUGAGCUCCAGGAGACUCAGCGCAAGGAGAGCGAGCGCGUUCUUGGGUUAAUAGCUUCUUCGCUAGGAACUCUAAGUUUCGUUCGCGAAACUUUGCACUAG